AUGCCUCCUCGACAAGAUACGCAACCUCAAAUCAAUGAAGAAAUCGCAGCCCUUGUCGCUCAGCAAAUGGCUGCAGUGCUUCCAGGCGUAGUAGCCCAGAUUCACCAGAUAUACAACAAUGCCCAGUGUAAUUUCAAGACCUUUAAUUCAGCCAAAUCGCUAAAAUUUUGUGGGUCUGAAGGAGCAACCGCACUCUUACAAUGGUUCGAAAGUAUAGAAAGCACAUUCCGCCAUGUUCAGUGUCCCAAUGAGCGAAAAGUAGACUUCGCUUCGAGUGUCUUUCAAAGGAGAGCACUCACUUGGUGGAAUGGUAUUAUGAGGGACAGAGGUGCCGAGGUAGCAAUGGAACUGACGUGGGAAGAAUUUAAAGAUCUUAUGAAGAAGGAAUUCUGCCCACGAAGUGAAAUAAGGGCACUGGAAAAUGAGUUCUAUUAUUUGAAACAAGAUAGUGGGGAAAAUCGUGCCUACACUGACCGAUUUGAACAGUUAAGCCUACUUUGCCCCACUAUGGUCACACCUUUGGACCGGGCCAUUGAGAAAUACAUCGAUGGUUUACCUGACCCUGUCUAA